UUUUGGUAGUUGAGGUUGAGAUAUCUGCACGGAUAAUCUAUCUGCUAUUUGAAGGAAAUUACCAUCCUCGUUUCUACUGUGUCUGGUAGCGUACAACCACAGAAUCCAAAUAUAAAUUGCAGAUUUAGAAAUUUAGCCAACCAAAUGCAGUUAGGAAAUUAAACCAAAUGGCACUAGUUGAUGUACGGUUGGUGAUUGCUGAGCUGUGAAAACCCCCUUCCCUCUCCCUCUCUCUUUCUAUCCAUCUCCUCCUCUGCUGCUCUACCUCUAAAAGCAGGAGAGAAAGAGAAAGCAUCUGAAGAGUGAAGUCUAAACAUUCCAUAUUUUUAUUUGUUAAUAGAAAUUUGGGGAAAGAUUGAAUCUUGAAUGUGAAUUGGCCGGUUCAGGGUUAGUAUAACGAUUCUGUUUUUAAUUGGGGUCGAGGCUUAGUAUGGACAGAAGGCACGUGGUUGGUAAGAGGCCGGGGUCAUCUUCUUCACCGGCCAGAGGUGCUUCGGGGCUGGGGAGAGACAAUUACUAUCUCUAUCGGGAUCAAGGGCCGUCUAGUUACAAUGGGAACUCUGAUUAUGCACGGGGUGAAGGGGGACGAUAUGUGAAUCGUGACAUCGAUGGGGUGUCCAGUUUUGAGAAUUUGGAGAAUUGUCGGGCUGAGCUCUUGCGAAAGCUUGAUGAGUUGAAGGAUCAUCUUAGUCGGUCUUGUGAAGUGUCGGAGAAAACUGAUGUGGUGGUUUCUCCUGAUCCUUAUCCCAGAAGUCGUGCUGCUUAUCUUCAAGAAGCGCUGGCUACUUCACACGUUGUAAACCAGAAACGCCCUCAUUUGGGCGAAGCAUCUGGAUAUGCUCCUUACGUCCAUAGGGAUUCACAUUUUCGCAGCGGAUACCAUGAUGAAGGCUUGUCGUAUGCUAAUAAUACCUAUCACCAGGAAAUUCCCCGGGGGCCGUAUGGGUAUCAGCCCUAUCAUGACCGUCGCCAUGGUUAUGGUGGCAGCGUGCAUCAUCCAGAUGCAAGCUUCUUUCACAAUCCUACCUGCUCUUGCGUGCACUGUUUCGAUAAGGAUUGGGAUUUACCUCCACACGUGCUAUCUAAUCCCGACCACCAUCACCGUACGCAUCCUAUUGGGCACGAGCCACAGGGUUAUCGUCCUGGAGGCUUCAACUCGCACAGUUCUCAUUCUCAGCCAUCUAUAACACCUAAUUCCACUGAUCUUGAUUUUGAGAACGAUGGAAUUCAUCAGGCUCGUCAUAGAAAGAUGCAGGAAUCUCGUAUAAAUGGGCUUAUGAUGCGUCCUGUUGCAGGUGGUGCUCCUUUCAUAGCAUGCACCAGUUGCUUUGAAUCGCUGAGGCUUCCGAAACAACAUAUUUCAUUGAAAAAAAGGCAACAGAAGCUAAAAUGUGGGGCUUGUUCUUCGGUGUUCUUGUUUGAACUCGGGAACAAGGCUUUGACUCUGCCAGUUUCUGGAAGUUUUGAACAUGUAGUGACUGAGAUGGAUGAUUGUUCUAGCUUGGCAGUGGAUGGAGAUGUUGGUUACGAACACGGUGGUUCUAACUUAGCUGAGACGUAUGCGUGCACUGAUUCUAAUAAUUCUGUUCCCAAAGUUUCUCUAACAAUCAAGAAGUCUGAUUCUGAUGAGUAUGAGAAGCAUUUGGAUUUGCUUUCUUCAGUUUCGAGUCCCUCCAAGGAUCGGAAAAUGGAAUAUACUCUUCCACCCGAAAAACAUGGUUCCUCAUUUGCAGAACUACAUAUAACAGAAGAUAAUCUUCCACCCGAAAAACAUGGUUCCUCAUCUGCAGAGCUACAUAUAAAAGUCGAGUCACUCCCACAUCCUAUUUCGUCUAAUGAGGAAUCCCCUGAUCAUUGUUCGCCUAAUAUUUUAGCCGGCCAAUGUGACAAUGGUGACAAAGUUACAAAACCCGAGUUGGACCGCAAUGCCACUUGGCAGAAUUCUGUACGAGACUCGGCUGUGUCAACUGAGAUCGAGUCAAAAGAAUUUCCGAAGAGCUGUGUAUCACAGGACACUUGCGACAAAGGUGCAGAGUCUUCAUCUUCAGGUCUUGACGACAGUAGAUCCGGAGACUACAUGAAAUGGACUCCAAAUGCAGAACUUGGUACAUCACAAGUUUUUGUAAAUGGGCACUUGAUACCGGAAAAUCUUGUUCAGAAGGCUGAACUCUUGGCUGGGCCGAUUCAACCGGGAGAGUAUUGGUAUGAUGUACGUGCCGGAUUUUGGGGUGUUAUGGGCUUUCCUUGUCUGGGCAUUAUCAUGCCAAACAUUGAGGAAUUCAAUUAUCCAAUGCCGGAGAAGUGUGCUGCCGGAAACACAGGGGUCGUUGUCAAUGGCAGGGAGCUUCACCAGAAAGAUUUAGACUUACUUGCUGGAAGAGGUCUUCCGAUCCUAAGUGGCAGAUCUUAUCUCGUUAAGAUUUCUGGAGAAGUUGUCGACGAGGACACUGGGGAAGAGCUGGACAGCAUAGGCAAACUCGCCCCUAGCGUUGAGAGGGCGAAUCAUGGAUUUGGUAUGAAAGUCCCAAGAUUUAUCUCCCGAUACCAAAGCUAGACUUCCAGUAUUCAUCGGUAAAGGAAGUUCCAUCAACUUUUCACGCAACAUGCUAAGUUAGGAAGCUGGUACGACUGCUUCGACAACAUACGGUUAUGGCUUGUUGUUAGAGUUGUGGGCAAACACUUCAACUGGCUGAUCUUCUUUUGAUACCGGUACGUUCUUGUCUUAAUUUUGGCAUCAUGUGCAGAGAGUUCUGGAAUUGUCACAAUUCUUAACUGUAAGAAGAGAUCAAUAAUAUACUUUAGUGGUGAGUUUCACUUUGUUAGUCUUUCUUCAAAUUGUACUUUAAUUUUUUCUGUAAUAUGAAAAUAGUACAUUGAUUCUGA